GCGUUUCAUAAAACUGAAAAUCUCGGUACCGGUAUCUCGUAACGUCGUCACCUGAGAUCGUCGACGCGUAAAAUGAGUCACAUAAUAGCAAAUAUUGGACUACUUGUCGCACUAUGCAGCAUCUGUGUGACAGGAGCCGCAGUCAACAAAUACAGCUUUUUGGACACAGACACUUCCUCGACCUGUCCGAGCCUGGACGAUGCGAAUUUGCUGACGCACUCGCAGCUGAUUGCGCGCCUGACGAACAGCUGUCGGUACGACAGUCUGGAUCCGCCCACGGCCCUCACAGAUGAUGGCCAAGAGGGGCCCGUGGAUGUGUAUGCGCGCUUCUACAUCAACGUGCUGAAGAAUCUGGACUCCAGCGACUUGCAGUUCAGUGUGCAGGGGCUGCUGCAGCUGCGAUACUUUGACUCGCGCCUAGCCUUUGCCCAAUACGCGCCCAAUCGCAAACAGGCGAUUGUGGGGGAGGCCUCGCUGCGGGAUGUGCUCUGGCUGCCGCACAUCUUCCUGGCCAACGAGCAGAGCUCGAGUGUGAUGGGCAUCAAUGACCAGGAUGUGCUGACCACCAUUUCGCCUGAUGGCAUGGUCAUCAUUUCGGCGCGCAUUCAAGCGACGCUAUACUGCUGGAUGAACUUCCGGAACUUUCCGUUCGACGAGCAAAGCUGCACCACCGUGCUGGAGAGCUGGAUGUACAACACCUCGUUGCUUCAACUUCACUGGGAGCCCGAGAACGCCGUCUCCUUCGACACGCAACUGCAGCUGACAGAAUACGAUCUGCUUAACUCGACCUACAAUGAGUCUAUAAGGAUUUCGGACGCCUUCAGCAUGACCCAUGGCGCCCUCGUGGGCAACUAUAGCACGCUGAGCUUCACGGUGGUGCUGACACGGGAGGUGGGAUAUUAUGUCAUGGACUACUUUCUGCCCUCGAUCAUGAUUGUCGCCAUCUCCUGGGUGUCCUUCUGGCUGCAGGCCGACCAGACGCCCGCACGCACCACCCUGGGCUGCACCACACUGCUCUCCUUCAUCACACUGUCGCAGUCGCAGGAGAAGAAUCUGUCCAAGGUCAGCUACAUCACCAUGUCGGAGGUGUGGUUCCUGGUCUGCACCUUCUUCAUAUUUGGCAGCCUGGUCGAGUUUGCCUUCGUCAACACGAUCUGGCGUCGCAACAACAACCUGGAACUGAAGAAGCGCACCACCAAGUACAUCGUGAAGUCCACCUUUGUGCCCAAUCUGAAGCGGGCCAAGCAGCGGAGUUUCAAUCGCAGCCAGAGUAGUCUCAGUUCGUGCAGCCUGGACAAAAGCGCCACUAAUGGCGGAAGCAACAAUACAGUCAUCACCAUUGAGACGCCCAUCAUCAUAGCAGAUGGCCUGAGUCGUGGGAACUCAUCUCUCAGCCUGAACGACAAUGCAACCACUGACGGUGGUUCGACGAUGCAGCUGACACAGACACCGCCGCGGUCCAAUCAAACCUUCGCCACGAUGACUCCCAAGGAGGUAUCCCUGUGGAUCGAUCGCAAAAUGCGAUUUGUCUUCCCACUCGCCUUCAUCGUAUUCAACGCCCUCUUCUGGACCUUGGUCUAUUGUCUAUGAAGAUCGCCUCCCCAGCAGUUACAUAUCAAAUGACUCGUAGACCUUUAGCUAGACUAACCAAGACAAUACCUGCAGGGUAUCUCAUGUGAUACAUUUUUCCAAUAGUUCCAUCAAAUCCGUAAUAUUCAUGUUGUCAAGCAUUCGAAACACAGUCCACCGUCCUCAUUCAUAGGCUAGAAUGAUUCGUGCUAGUUCUAAGAACACUAAUUGUAUUAUUAUUUAUUAAAAACAAGAAAGGAAUGCUAAA